GACUGGCGCGCCGCUGUGACGUUUGCGUGUACACGCGCCGUGGAGGCAGUGCGCAGGCGCAGGCCUGGCUGUGCGGCGGCGGUUGAGGCUUCCGGACGCGGCGCCGACCAUGACCCAACAGGGCGCGGCGCUGCAGAACUACAACAACGAGCUGGUCAAGUGCAUAGAGGAGCUGUGUCAGAAGCGAGAGGAGCUGUGCCGGCAGAUCCAGCAGGAGGAGGAUGAAAAGCAGCGGCUGCAGAAUGAGGUGAGGCAGCUGACAGAGAAGUUGGCCCGCGUCAAUGAGAACCUGGCGCGCAAGAUCGCCUCUCGCAACGAGUUUGACCGGACCAUCGCAGAGACAGAGGCCGCCUACCUCAAGAUCCUGGAGAGCUCUCAGACUCUGCUUAGUGUCCUCAAAAGGGAAGCUGGGAACCUGACUAAAGCCACAGCCUCAGACCAGAAGAGUAGUGGAGGCAAGGACAGCUGACAAGCGUCUGUCUCAGCCGUGGCCUAUGGCUGCCCAGUCCCCAACAUGUCUGUCCUAAAGCAUCUUUGUUCUUCGUGGCCUCAGAUGCCUUCUCACUAUCUCAGGUGCCCAAAGGGGCAACUUCCGACCUCCACCUGCCUUGGGUGACAAGAAAAGCCCUAGGACAGUACAAUAGGAAAGGAGUUCCCGGCUCUGUUCUCACAUGUGUCAUGGGGAUCCUGAGCUCCUGGUUAGCUCCAUGAAGGGACUCUCUCUGAAGCUCCUGUAUUCCCUUGUGCUGCCAAGGAGGUCUUGGUCCUAGCCCAAGUACUGUGAGAGCCCCUCACUUUGUCUCCUCAGCCACUAGGGGCCCAGGCCAGGCAUGUUGAGGAAAGAAUCUUGACUCCAGAAUGGAAACCACAGGGCCCAUCCCCAUGGUCUCUUGAUGUUUCAAUAAAGAUUGUUUUACAAAGA